AUGGGCAUGAGAGGCGCGCGGGCCGCGGCCCUGCUGGGCGCGCUCGCCGCCUUGGCCUCGGCCGGCGCCCCGCCCACCGGCCACGCGGGCCACGUGGGUGACGUGGGCUACGUGGGCGACGUGGGCCACGUGGGCGACGUGGGCCACGUGGACGACGUGGGCCUCGUGGGCGAGGUGCGCCUCGACGCCACGGAGCUGAGCCCGGUGGAGCUGGACGCGGCGGAACUUGACGCGGCGGGAGUGCCUGCGUGGCGGGAGCUGUGGCAGUCCUCGCUGGAGGCGCUGCGCCGCGAGCCCAGCAUCAACAACACGCAAGAGGAUGUUCUGGUGCAACUCGGCGGCGUCGCCUUCUUGCACUGCCCAGUGCGCAACCUCGGCGAGAGAGGCGUGUCGUGGGUCAGGCGACGUGACUGGCAUAUUAUUAGUUCCGGUGUUUUCAUGUACACUAACGAUGAGCGCUUUCAGGUACUACACAGCGAAGGAUCCGAUGAUUGGAUAUUGCAAAUUAAAUAUGUGCAAAAACGUGACAACGGGACUUAUGAGUGUCAG